AACAAAUUGUUUGACUUAAAAAAGAAGCAUAGAAUCAACCAAUCACAGUGGAAUCUCCUGUUUCCUAGAUUUCCUGAUGUUCCAGAUUCUAAAACAUUUGAUGUGACGUUGAUGACACUAUUACUGAGGAACUUGACUCCAAUGACCCCUCCUCAUUGUGGAUUUGACCGUUUACCUUCUGCCAUGGAAACCACAUCAGCUGCAGAUUUAGCAAGGAUAAAACACUACAGGAAUUACCUGGCUCAUCUGGAUGAAGGCAAACUAGACACAGGGUUCUUCAAUACUGCUUGGGAUGAUAUAACUUGUGCCGUUGAUAGAUUGGGUGGGCAGCAAAUGAAGCAGGAGUGCGAUCGUCUAAAAACCAAACCUCUAGAUCAAACCAACGAAGAAAUAAUGAUACACAUCAAAAGGUCUAAUGAAGAAAUUAAGGGGCUGACGAAAUCAUUAAGAAAUCUGAAACGCUCACAUAUUGAUAUGAAAAAAUCCCAUAAAAUACUACAAGGAAACCAUAAGAAAGUAAAGAAAUCCCAUGAAAUGUUAAAAGAAGACCAUGCAUCUAUGACAAAAGAAAUGGAAAUAAUUAAGACCUCCCAGCAGGAUACAGUACCAUGGAAUAUUCGAGCAAGAAAUGAACAAUUACUCAAAACCUGGAAGGACAGUGAUAAUAAGAUGUUUGUUAACACAAGAGCUGCAGAGCAUAUUCUCAAAUGUAUAAAGGAAAACAGUUGUGUAACUAUUACAGCUAAUUCUGGUGUAGGGAAGACAGCAACACUGAGACAUGUAGCUUUACAGAUGGAAGAAGAAUAUGAUGUACUUAUGGUUACAGAGCCAGGUGACAUUCUGAGGUUUUACAAUCCAAAUAAGAAAACAUUGUUUGUUGUUGAUGAUUUAUGCGGAAAAUUUUCACUUACCAGAGUGACAUUAAAUGUUGGGAACCAAUCAUGGAGGAUAUAAAAAAGAAUCCUAAUAAAAAACAAACAAAAAUUCUUGCAGCAUGUCGGUUACAAGUGUACCAAGAUGAAAAGUUUGAAUCUUUGUCAAUUUUUAAGUCAUGUGUGUGUAACAUGUUAUCAGAGAACAUUUGCUUGUCAAAAACUGAAAAAAAAUCAAUAGCUAAGUUGUAUCUCAAUGCAAAAGCUUCUGAGAUAAGUGACUUUUAUGAUAUUUAUGACUGUUUUCCUCUUUUAUGUAAAUUGUACCAUGAUAAUCCUGAACUUAUUAUAACAGAUUUCUUUCAAAAUCCAUUUUCAAUUUAUGAAGCAGAGAUUGAUAAUUUCUUGAAGAAAGGGCAUUACGGUAAAUACUGUGCUUUGGCUUUAUGUGUUAUGUUUAACAACAAAUUAAAGGAAGAAAUGUUGACAGAACAAGUUAAUGAAGAAACCAGGAUUAUCAUUGAAAACACAUGUGAGGCAUGCAGAUUAGACAGGGGAACAUCAAGACUUGUAUUACAGGAUGAACUUGACUCACUCACACAUACAUUUAUAAAGAAAGAACAAAACAUGUACAAAAUUUUACAUGAUAAAAUAUUUGACUUUCUUGCUAAGAUCUAUGGCAAAAAUAUUAUAUAUUGCUUAAUAAGGAAUGCAGACAGUGGUUUAAUCAAGGAACGAUUUUUAUUAGAAACAAAAGAUAACAUGGAUCCGUUUAUUACUAUAAUACCUAAAAAGUAUCAUCAGAUGUACAUACAGAGAAUGAUUGAUGACUGGUCAAAUGGAAAAUUACAAGAUGUAUUUAGUAACAUCAAUAUGAAGAUACCUCAGUUCAGGCAGAAAUUGCUCUGCUAUUUGAAAACACUAGAUAUAUCCAACCAGACAAAACUGGCAAAUAUCUGUGAUGAACAUAAAUCAUUAUUUAAAAACCGUUAUUCGGUGAUGUUUGAUGAUGAGGAUACCUAUGAAACUUCAUUAUUACAUUGUUGUUAUUUAGGAGAUAUUUCUUUGGUCAAGUGGUGUUGUGAUCAUGGUGUAGAUGUAAACAGAUGUUCGUCUAUUGAUCAGUCGCCCAUAAUGAAGGCUUGUGAACAUGGUCAUAUAGAAAUAGUAAAUAUGUUGUUAGACAGAGGAGCCGACUAUAAUGAAUUUUAUGAAGAUGACAGAUCACCUUUAAUGGCGGCUUGUGAACAUGGUCAUACAGAAAUAGUAAAGAUGUUGUUAGACAGAGGAGCAGACUGUAAUAAAUGUGACAGGUGGGGUCAGUCACCUGUAAUGAAGGCUUGUAAAAAUGGUCAUGCAGAAAUAGUAAAGAUGUUGUUAGACAGAGGAGCAGACUGUUAUAAAUGUGACGAGUGGGGUCAGUCAUCUGAGAGGUCAGUCUCCUGUAAUGGAGGCUUGUGA